UUCAAAUCCACACCUUAGUGCUGCUGGUUCAUGCUGCAGAGAGUACAGAUACCAAGACUGACUGGAGGGUUUCAACUUUGUUCUUUUUAAGCUUCAGGACUCAGAAACACAGGAAAACCAAGAUUUCCUUUACCUGUCAUGAAUCUGAACAGGAUGGUUGACAGACACAGUUUGUUACACUGAAGCUAAAGGAGAGGCCUGUUUCACAUAGAGACUCAGAGGGGAUCUGACAUCCAUGGAGUCUGAACUGUCCUACCUGUCUUCACUGAAAGAAGACAACAGUCCGGUUUACAUCCAGCCACAUUACAAAGAAACUUACCGCCUGGCCAUUUAUGCCCUUCUCUGUGGAGGCAAAGAGGCCUACGAGGAAUUCCUCCGAGCCGAACAGAUCCACCACUUUCUGUCCGAGGAGGAGAUCUUGUUCAUUUUGGAAAAUGCAGAGUUACCUGUUGUGGAUGAUGACUCAGAGGCCAAACAGGUCACAAGUGAGGUCAGCCCCUCCACAUACUUUCCAGUUGAGUCGGACGAGGAGGUGCCUGACCUGGAGCUGGGCUGGCCGGAGGUCUCACUGGAAGAUGUGGACACAAGCAUCAGCCUGCUGUUCCACCCGCCCAGACAAGACACACCGAGCAUUAAAGAAGUAAUUCGCAAACAGAUACAGGAGGCGAAGCAGAUUAUUGCCAUAGCGAUGGACAUCUUCACAGAUAUCGAUAUUUUCAAAGAGAUCGUCUCUGCCACGUUGAGGGGAGUGGUAGUCUACAUCCUCCUGGAUGAGACCCACUCCCAGAGUUUCCUCACCAUGGCACGCAAGGUGGGCGUCAAUAUCCAAGACCUCAAGAAUAUUCGUGUUCGGACGGUUCAGGGGCAGCAGUAUCAGUGUCAGUCUGGGAUGAAGUUUCACGGAGGUUUGGAGCAAAAAUUUAUUCUGGUGGACUGCCGAACAGUGUUGUAUGGAACAUACAGCUACACAUGGUCAUUUGAGAAGAUCAACCUCAGCAUGGUCCUGGUGAUCACAGGUCAGCUGGUGUGCUCUUAUGAUGAAGAGUUUCGAAGACUUUUCGCUCGCUCCACAGUUCCAGCAGUUCAGUCCUGGGAGAGGGUAUCUGUCCAGAACAAUAUACACACUGGGGCCGUGCAGAGCCCCAGCUCUAGCCAGCUUUCCCUCCAUCAGAUUCACAUGAGAUCCAUAGGGGUGCAUGGCAUGAGAAGUGCUCAGGAUGCCUCAAUGUUGACUAGGGGGCUGAGCGUGCAAGACAGGCUGCAUCAAUCUCACUGUACAGACCUCGGGAAUCUGUUACGGGGACACAGUUACGGUGGAGAACUGCAGAAGUUAAACCCGUUGACUCGACUGAGGAUGGGGAACAAGGACAUUGGAGGUCCUACUGGUCCAGAGAGGCCUGGAUCUAACCUGAGGAGUGGCGACCCUGCUCUAACAAACAGAUUGUCUCAGCAGCACAUUAGGCACCGGACUCUCUAUGGAGCAGACGAGAAUCUGAUACCAUUCAGCUCUGAAACAUCACUCCACAAGUGGAAGAUGGACACUUACCUUAACGACAACAUGCCUCUAGAUCCAUCGUGUGAUGCAUUAUCCCCAAUGACAUCUCCAUAUAGUAGUUACACAGGCUUAAACGAAUAUCAGUCACAGAUGAUUCACAGUAGGUCGAGGGACAUUAACUCCAGGAUGGAAGAACUGAGGCAAAAGAGGCUCAAUUUACAGGAUCACAGCAAUCUCCGGCAGAGUCAAGAGUCCUUGAGGUUUCCAACAGAAAGGCCUAAAUUGAUGUCUUCAUUGAGAGGUCUGGACAUGAGUGUGGCAGAAUUAAAGCCAAAUGCACAAAACAGUUGGAGCCAAGAAAGAGCAAACCACAAAGACAGUGAGCCAAAUAAGGAAGGAAAUCUCACUGAUAGCCACCAGUUUUCCUCUCACUACGAUGUCAACAUGGGUUCAGAUCGAAAGACACUGCAGAUGUAUGACUGGCAUGAACCUCUUUCCAGGACAACCUCAGCGGGUGAUUUAGAUAUGAAACUGAAGGAGCCAUCGCUCAAGUUAUCUCAUUUGUUGCCCAGUGGUCACAAUGCCCAGCACGGAAGAGCAAUGGAGUCUUUGACUCAAAUCCCUGAAGAGAAGGAGGGUUCAAACACACGUGUCAAUGGUUCAGGCUCUGCUGUUUUCCAAGAUGGAAAUGAGCAAUCAAAGCAUCAGGAUCAUGCCAGAGGGAGCCAUGAUUCAAUAGUUAAGGUUUCUAACAGUUCAGGCUCUGCUACUCCAGAUGAAGGACAGAAAUCAACAUCAAAAGCGGUAAGGACUCUUCUACAGGACACUUCCACAGGAUCUCAACAUGCAGAGGAGGCUAAGAGUAGUUACACGAAUAGAGGGAAAACACAAAGCGAGGAACCACCCCUUCAAAGGAAAAAUUCUUUGAGAAUGAAAGUAUAUUCGCUGCUUACAUCAGAUGAAAAGAAAGCAUCCAAAAAAGAGGAGAAGUCACUCCAAAGAAAGGGCUCGUUAAUAUCAAACCAACCAGUUAAAGCGGACCAUUCACAGGCACCUGCAGUAGACCAAACACCUAAGAAAGGUCAAUCCCCAAGCAUCUCCAGGUCACAGAACCCUGUCAGUGGUCCAGCAGAGACAGAGAAACAAAAAACUCCAUUCCUGAGACUAUCUACUCAGCGUUCAAGCAAAAGGAAGACAGCAGCAGACCAGGAUCGAGCCUCUUGGAGCUCUCCGAAUGAUGGGGCGGCAACUGCCUGUCAAAGACAGAAAGUCUACAGUCGAUUUGAAUAUUUUCUUAACACUGAAAGUGUUCCUAAAGACGGAACCUCUUCCAUGAACAGGUCUGAGUCUGCAUUGUAUCAGACACAAAGUGGUACUGAUAACAAACUGGGAAAAUUCAUGCAGCGCGUAGGUAAUUUUAUAGGCAAGAACAAGUAGAGCUGCAGGAAGAGAAUAAGGCUGCCAUGAUCAAGAAUGAAUAGUGCGUACUCCUUCUGAUGUUUAUUAUGUAGUACUCAUUGAUAUACUGCAGUAUACCACAUUUUUCCUUUAAUGGGUUUGAUGCUGGCCUUAGAUCUUACCAGGGGAGAUAUUUACCAGUGAAACCAAAAAGCAAGAUGUAAUGUAUGAGGUAUCUGCUCCUCAAUCAGUGUCUAUCUACUAAACUGAACUGGAUGUUCAGGGAAUCAGGGCUGAUAUGAAAAUACUGUUAAGUCACUAACUAAUGAAGUUACAACAGAGUCAAUGUAACAAUAGCGCUUAUGGACAUCAAGUUUAAUUGUAAAAUGAUUGUUGCAUCUGUGUUUAUAUUGAAUGUAUUUGUUCUUUGUAAAGGUUUAGUGAAAGGAUAAGUCUAAUGAUAUUUCAUAUUUUGCCUACUCAUAACAAAUCCCACAAAAAGACCAAAACAAACAAUGAAUUGAUCCCACUAGCAAGUACUGUCUGUGUCUAUAAAAAGCCUGAUCUAUCCUAUUCCUCUAUCACACAGAGCUCCAUUGUUCAAAAACUACAAAGAACACAUCAAAGAGCCAUGCCCUUGGUUUAUUCUGACUCAAUCCCACACACACCAUCCUGCUGCUCCAAACACUCACUAGAGUAUUAAAUGUGGAUUCAUUCACUGCUAAAAACAAACAUAGUAUUUCUUCGUGUUUGUUGAUACAGUGACCUUGUGAAAUUUCUGAACCUUCAUUAAGGUAUUUAGAGAUGGACUAACAUUUGUUGGUUUGGGUCUUUUAAUGGAAUCUGUUAAUAAUAACAAAAAUAUUUAGUAUCACCAACCGGAUCCUUUCUAUUUAGUAAAAUAUAGUUUUUCUAAUGUGGCUUGAUGUUGUACAUUUUCUCUGCAUUGUCCAUUAUUGAUAAUGACAUUUAUGACUCAGUUGUUCUCAAACUCAUUGAAGAUAUUCAUGUUUGAAGUACAUAUGUAUGGCUGUAAUAUAGUGAAAUCCAAAUGUUUAAUAAAAUAAAAUAAAAUAUACAGUAC